AUGGAAGCCCUUCCUCCAGGCCCUCCUCCCGGGGCACCGCCCCUGCCGACAGGAUGGAUAUCGCAGUGGAAUGACCAGUACCAGCGACCGUUCUACGUGAACACGCAAUCGGGUGUGUCGCAGUGGGAGUUCCCUGGCAGUCCCCCGCCAGGCCCCCCAGCGAUGUCGCCGCAGUCCAACAGCAGCCCCUAUCCACCACAGCAACAGCAGGGCUACUUCCCUGGCCAGCAGCCUCAGCAGCAGUACGCAGGCACCCCCCAGGCGGACGAGCGCACCGGCGCCAGCGCGUACGGCGGGCCUCCACCGCAGCAGCACCAGCAGCAACAGGCCUAUCCGGGCUUCCAGAGCCCGGGCCAGCACUCAUACCCCCAGCAGCAGGCGUACGGUGGCCAGCAGCAGCCUAAUUAUUAUGGCGGCGGUGCUCCCCCGGCGCCCGCGGCCGAGGAGGACAAGAAGGAGGAGAAGAAGGAUAAGGAGAAGGGCAAGGACGACGGGGGAUUGUUCGGCAAGUUCUCGCAGCAGCUGACCAGCGCUGGCCUGCCCAUCGGCGCGGCCAUGGGGGCAUUUGGCGCCAAACCUCCCAAGGAGGGCAAGGAGGGUAAAGAGGGCAAGGAAGGAAAGGAAGGUAAGGACGGGGAGAAGAAGGAUAAGGAUAAGAAGGACAAGAAAGACAAGGGCACGUUUGGUGCCUUGGCGGGCGGUGCCGGUCUGGGUGCGCUGGCCACGGGGGCCUUCUCCAUGGCGAAGAAGUACAGCAAGAAGAGCAAGAAGGACAAGGACAAGAAGAAGGACAAGGGCCACGGAGGAGGAGGGGGGUUCGCCUUUAUCCCGAUCCCGAUGGGUGGUGGUGGGCAUGGAGGAGGCGGGCACGGAGGGGGCGAGCAUCAUGAGGGGAGCAGUGCCAGCAGUAGGAGCUCUGUGAGCAGCGCGUCUUCUGUCUCGUCGGCUAGCGACGCCGGUUCUGGUGGUUCAUGA